UCAACAUGUCGGCGACCUGUACGUCAAGCUAUCCUACAAGUUUCUUGUUUGUCAAUUAGGAACGAUUCAGAAAUGGCAAUGGAACAAACCUGUUCCUUUCUUCUAUGUAUUCUCUGCAUAUCAGAGUAUUUUCUGCCUAUUUGUGGAACACUUGUGUUACAUGAGUCUUCAAAUAUUCUCGAGUAUCGCAACGCCUCCAUGGGACAUACUGUAAAUGGAGUUGUCUCCCAGCACAGGGAACAAGUCUGGCUCUACUCCUGGAUUAACAAGACUGAGCCUUAUGCAGUUCGAGUGACAGUGGAAAGUCAAUCAGCUAAUCAGGAUUAUCCGUUGCUGUUUGUUGCACGGCUGCAGAGAGGAGUGGUUUCAUGGCCAAUACCAGUUGAGGGGUUUAAUUACAAUCUUGUCAGUCGAACACUUUGCCCCUUCAGUCAUGGUAUCACACAAUUAAAUAGAUCAGAAGCAAUUUCCAUUGAUGUAUCAACAUCAUCACAGAAGCCAGUCAAUUACUCUCUCAAAGCAAUGUUUGCUGACAAAUUUCAGUUAUCGAUGAAUACACCAUUAACAGUUACAGUGGACCCUGCACAACCUGUGUAUUUCUUAUGGAGGUAUCCAAAAGAAGUGGAUACAGUUGUUAUUAAGGCUGAAUCCAAGGAUUAUAAACUGUGUGCCAUUCUAUCAGUCCAGGGAACUACGUGUCCAGUGUAUGAUUUGGCAAGAAAUGUGGAAUUCACAGGCCACUUUCAGACUAUGACAACCAAAGCAGCAAUCACACUAGAGCGUAAUCAGACCCAGUUUUAUGUUGUACUGAUAGUCAAGUCAUCUGAUGAAGAAUGUGUCUCUGGAGAAAGGUUUGCUGAACCACGCACUGGAGAACCAGUGUCAAAAGAUCCUCAUUCUGCAGGUCCAUCGUCCCAAAGACAGAAGACUGUCACAAUAACCGUGAAAAGUACUUUGUCUGAAAAGGACUAUGUGACGGCCAUAGUGGCUCCAGUUUUGUUCUUCGGGUCAUUUUAUAUCAUUGCCUUUUCUUUUCUUCUGUUUACCUGGUGUAGACAAAAAAGAGGAAGAAAGAGUUUCAGCUCUAUUUUGAUGCCAAAAGAGAGCAACAACAAAGAUGCUCCAAUAAGUGCACCACUAAGAACAUCCUCAUCAAGAAGAUCAAGAAGAUCAAGAGACCAUUAUGGAUCAACACCACAAGGCAUCUUUCCAAUCAAUGAACCGCUGGACACUGAUAGUCUGGAACACUCUGAAAAUGACCACUUAGUCACUGGUGGAGUGAUGGAUCCAUCAUCGAAGGAUUUUGAGAAACAUUAUGACAUGCUGCAUGACAUUGAAGUGGAAAAAGAUGUAUACCGGUUGAGGACAAGUCUUAUGCUCACUGACCUGGCUAAGAAAGAAAAGAAGUAUCUGAAGAAGAAAUACAGACACUAUCACUGGAAUCUGCUAUUGAUAGCCGUGUUUUAUGCUCUCCCUGUUGUGCAGCUUGUCAUUACAUAUCAGAAGGUUCUUAACUUUAGUGGAGAUGAAGACAUAUGCUACUACAACUUCUUUUGUGCUCAUCCCUUGGGGGUGUUGAGUGCGUUUAACAAUGUGUUCAGUAACAUUGGAUAUAUCAUGUUGGGUUUUCUCUUCCUUCUUCUUGUAUUGCGACGUGACAGGCAACACAAACUAGAUGUUGCAGAAAACAGCGAAUUGGAGAAGAAUUACGGCAUUCCUCAGCAUUACGCCAUAUUUUAUGCCAUGGGUCUUGCCUUGAUAAUGGAAGGAGUUUUAUCAGGCUGUUACCAUGUGUGUCCUAACAAUUCUAAUUUCCAGUUUGACACGUCUUUUAUGUACAUCAUCACUUGUCUGGGUGUAGUAAAACUUUAUCAGACGCGCCAUCCAGACAUCGCCGCCAACGCGCACAUUGUUUACACAGGGUUUGCUGCUAUCAUCUUCAUCGCUGUGAUUGGAGUGGUUUAUAGUUCUUUUGCUUUCUGGACAACAUUCGCCAUUAUCCACAUCUUUGGAUGCCUGUAUCUCAGUUCACAAAUCUAUUACAUGGGAAGAGUAAAGUUUGAUGCUGGAAUGUUUGCAAGAGUGUUCGUGUUGCUGCGGUAUGAUUGCUGUUCGUGUCCGGUUUACAAGGAUCGCAUGCUUCUCUUGGUGAUUGCUAACGCAGUGAAUUGGGUCUUUGCCAUCUACGGUGUUGCUGCUACACCUAAUGACUUUGCUACCUACCUGCUGGCUAUCUUGAUCGUCAACGGAAUUCUCUAUUUGGCAUUUUAUGUCAUAAUGAAGUUGAGAAACAAAGAAAGGCUUUUAUUGUUCCCUUCGGUUACGCUUUGUCUGACGCUUUUCUGUUGGAUAUUAGCGCUCGUUUUUUUCCUGAGUCAUCUCACGUCUUGGCAGAAAUCUCCAGCUCGGUCGAGGGAGGGUAACAAAGAGUGCGUCCUCCUGGGAUUUUACGAUGAUCAUGACGUGUGGCACUUCCUGUCCGCCUGCGCUUUAUUCCUUUCAUUUCUGGGUUUGUUGACGCUGGAUGAUGACUUGCUCGAAACGCCAAGACAUCACAUCCCUGUAUUUUGACAAGCUAUCUGCAUCGUUGGAUGUGUUUUGGCAGUUUGAAGUUAGUUAACUGACAUAGUUAACCCAGGUAAACCCGUCAGCUGAAGUUGUUAUAAAUGGGUGCCCUGGGCAACUAAAAAUUAGCAAUUAAGGAAAAAAUAACCAUAACAGAUGAACCAUCAGAAACAUGUGAAAACUCUUGAUGGAUAAAAACUAAGAAUUGUAAAUCAUUGUUUAUUAGCAGAAAGGUGACAAGGGAAUAGAAAAAUAUCAGUAGGGAGAUAUUUUAUGAUUUCAAAUCAAAUUCCCAGAGUUAAAAAUUACAUGAAGUGUUUGGUAGAUAGUAUAGAAAGAAUUAGUUGGACUCUCCUGCCGGUCGCCCAAACUCCCUUGAUUAGGAGCCUGGGAAGGAGGAAAUUACGGAGCACUUAGAGCUCUGAUGUCCUUUUUAGCUGCAACGCCCGCCGCUUAUGAACAUCGAGCACCGAAAAAAGAAAACUGCCAUCCAAGGCAAAGGAAAAGCUUUAGAUUAUAUCUUAGACAGAUUGAUUAGUAUAGUUAACCCUCAUGGCAGCAAAAAUGGCUGCGUCUGUCUGUACAACCCGAGUUUUGAAACUCCCUGGGAUAAAGCAAUUUCUUGGAAUUGUAGAUAGGUUGGGAAAAACAGGGAGAAGUUUCAGUGACUGAGUGGGGAUGGGAAGCCAGUAUAAAUUUGUAUCAUCGGGAUAUUGUGACAUCGAAAGUUUGCGAAGGAAUAUUCAGUGCUCGAAAUCACUCUUUUGUCGCACAUGAGGAAAUUAAAUGUGAAAUAUUUUACCUUGAGAACACAAUUGAAAAUCAGGAGGUACUAAUGAUAUUUUCAUAAAUUGAUAUUAGAUGAAAGAGGCAUUGAGACGUUUUGUGACACUUUCUUUUGAUAAAAGGAUUUCUGUUUAGAUGAAGUCUUGAAGUUUUCGUAAAGACAUUUAAGGGAUUCAUCUUUUAGAUAUUUAACAACCUAGAUUGCAGCAUCUUUCUCGUGAGGAGAAAGGUAAGAACCUUGAUAGACUUUGAAAUAAACCCAUUUUAUUAAAAACGUAUUUCUAAUUAUUAUCAUGAAGUUGGUCAAAUUUCUCGCCAGUAGAGGCUUAUCUUAACUUCAGUUGUUCUGAAUAAAUUAUGUCGUGUAAAGUUUGUCUUUUUAGUA